GGGGAGAGCAACGCUGAGGGAGCAGGGCGGCAGGGCUGCUUGCUGAGCAGGAGGGAUCAGACGGGAAUCUCUUUAAUUUAUUGCUUGCUGAGUGUUCUGUCUGGUGAAAGUCAUGUCAUCCAUAUUGCCAUUCACUCCACCAGUUGUGAAGAGACUUCUGGGGUGGAAAAAAUCUGCUGGUGGCUCUGGAGGGGCUGCUGGUAGUGAGCAGAAUGGUCAGGAUGAAAAGUGGUGUGAAAAAGCCGUGAAAAGCUUGGUCAAGAAGCUAAAGAAAACAGGACAGCUGGAUGAACUUGAGAAGGCAAUUACCACUCAGAAUUGCAGUACAAAAUGUGUGACAAUUCCAAGAUCUCUCGAUGGCCGUCUACAGGUAUCUCAUCGUAAAGGAUUACCACAUGUUAUUUACUGUCGUUUGUGGCGUUGGCCAGAUCUUCACAGUCACCAUGAACUUAAAGCAAUUGAAAACUGUGAAUAUGCUUUUAAUCUUAAAAAAGAUGAAGUAUGUGUAAACCCUUACCACUACCAGAGGGUGGAGACACCAGUCUUGCCUCCUGUACUAGUGCCACGGCACACUGAGAUUCUAACAGAACUGCCACCUCUUGAUGACUAUACCCAUUCCAUUCCUGAAAACACUAACUUUCCAGCUGGAAUUGAACCACAGAGCAAUUACAUACCAGAAACACCACCUCCAGGAUAUAUCAGUGAAGAUGGAGAAACAAAUGACCAGCAGUUAAACCAAAGCAUGGAUACAGGAUCUCCAGCAGAGCUGUCUCCUAGUAGUCUUUCUCCAGUUAAUCAUAGCCUGGACUUGCAACCAGUUACUUACUCGGAGCCUGCAUUUUGGUGUUCAAUAGCAUAUUAUGAAUUGAAUCAGAGAGUGGGAGAAACCUUCCACGCAUCCCAGCCUUCUCUGACUGUAGAUGGCUUUACAGAUCCAUCAAAUUCAGAACGAUUUUGUCUAGGUUUGCUUUCCAACGUAAACAGGAAUGCUACAGUGGAAAUGACAAGGCGACACAUAGGAAGGGGUGUACGUCUCUAUUACAUUGGUGGAGAAGUUUUUGCUGAGUGCUUAAGUGAUAGCGCAAUUUUUGUUCAGAGCCCCAACUGUAAUCAAAGAUAUGGCUGGCAUCCUGCAACUGUGUGCAAAAUUCCACCAGGAUGCAACCUAAAAAUCUUUAAUAACCAAGAAUUUGCUGCUCUUCUGGCUCAAUCUGUGAAUCAAGGUUUUGAAGCAGUUUAUCAGCUUACUAGAAUGUGUACCAUAAGAAUGAGUUUUGUUAAAGGAUGGGGAGCUGAAUACAGGCGGCAAACAGUAACAAGCACUCCUUGCUGGAUUGAACUUCAUCUGAAUGGACCUCUACAAUGGUUGGACAAAGUAUUGACUCAGAUGGGCUCCCCUUCAGUACGCUGCUCCAGCAUGUCGUAAAACUCCUUCCUCUGUUACCAGUGGGCUAAAUAUCAAGGCUAAUCAACAGACAAUAUAAAACCUCGUUUGUCAUAGUAUUUGUGUGUGGUCCCCAUGAACUGUUUACUAUCUAAAAAGGUUUUUAAAAAAGAAAAAAAAAGAAAAA